AUGUCGAUGAAGGUGGAGGGCGCGUCGGAGGAGGGCCAGGCGGUGCAGGGCACCGUCAGAGAAGUUGACAUCCUGGCUGAGCCCCGCCACAAGACAUCCUGCCGCAGACAAUCGGCCAGUUCGGCAUUUAUGUGCAGCCCGGCCUGCGUGCGCUUUUGGGUGGCAGAGCCGAAGGAGUUCGAAGAGCUGCAGGAGGCCUGCAAACCUUCGACAAACGCAGCGCCGGACAUCAACGGCCUGCCAUGCAGUGCCCUCUCCUCCAGCUUCGGGUUGAGCCGCCGCAUGCGUGUGGUGUGCUUUCAGAGCAUGGGCUUCGGUCCUUUGGUCCACCCUCGUGGAUGCCAGAGGCCGAAGGAGUUCGAAGAGCUGCAGGAGGAAGCAAACAUGCAGGAUGUCGUCAUAUGUCAUCUGCAGGCAGCCUCCAUCAGCGAUUGCUGCGAGCCGAGGGUCAUUGCCACGGGUCACCGGUGCUGCUUGGAAGCUUCAACAGGACGAUUUCGGCGUUCAUGCUGCUGGGGCUGCAGGCAAGAUCUCGACCAUGCUCGACCAUGCUCGCAGUGCCCUCUCCUCCAGCUUCGGGUUGAGCCGCCGCAUGCGUGUGGUGUGCUUUCAGAGCAUGGGCUUCGGUCCUUUGGUCCACCCUCGUGGAUGCCAGAGGCCGAAGGAGUUCCAAGAGCUGCAGGAGGAAGCAAACAUGCAGGAUGUCGUCAUAUGUCACCUGCAGGCCUGGGCCUGCCAUGCUCGACCAUGCUCGCAGUGCCCUCUCCUCCAGCUUCGGGUUGA